AUGAAUACGACACAAAGAAGUGAGAGUAUAAAUUCUUUUUUUGAUCACUAUGUGAACUCUAAGACAUCUUUGCGGGAAUUUGUGGAAAGUUGUGAUCAAGCGUUAGAAAGAAUGUACUUAAGAGAGCGGGAAGAAGAUUACAAGUCUAUCCACUUGAAGUGUAUAUAUGUUUCUCAAGAUUUGUUGGUAAGGCAUGCAUCUAAAGUAUACACUAGAGUUAUCGUUAAUAUAGUGCAAGUGGAAUUUAACGCUUCUUUAAGGUAUCGAUCAAAAAUACUUGAGAUUGAUGGUGACGAACACACUUAUAGUGUGUAUUGGUUAAUAGAUGACAAAACAGUGGAAGAAUUUCCAGUGAAGAUUAUUGUGGUAACUCAAAAGGGUACAUGUGGCUGCCAAAAAUUUGAGUUUGUUGGAAUACCAUGUAAACAUUUGCACCAUAUCUUGGUUCUUCGCCUCUAUGUGACAGAAAUUCCCCAAUGUUUUAUAAUGGAAAGGUGGACUAAAUAUGCAAACAAAUGUGCAGUUUUGGGUUCAAAUCAGUCAGUCAUCAAAGAUGAUAAAGCUGGGAUUGAAGCCAUGCGAAUCAGUCAUUAUUGCCGAGUAUCAACUGAACUAGCCUACAUGUUUGGUAAAUCAGAACAGGCGUAUGCUGUGGCAAUGGAUUUUCAUAAUCAAGCAAUGGAGAAAAUUAAAGAAACUGACAUACUUGAGCUUCGAAAAGAACAUGGAAAGGAUAUGCAAGUGGAGGAAUCAGAAGUUAACGACGAAUUAUUAGCUACCGGUUCAUCAUGCACUACUGUUGCAGAAAUACCAAAUGCAAUUUCAUUUGAUGAUACCCUUCCUAAUAUGAUUAUGGGUGAUCCUCGCAUCUCGUAA